UAAGAAAAAUUUCCAUGAAUGAAAAAUUUCCUCAUUCUCACACUCUGUAAGGAAAAUUUCUUCCUUGUUGUGCUGUAAAAAUAUCCCAAUACUCACAAUCGCUAUUUCGUGAUUGAAAAUCUUCAGGAAAUAGUUAGAGAGAGAGAAGUGGGUGAAGUGAAGAUGCAAGGGUUUCAAGAGAGAGGUGGUGGUGGUGGGGCCCCUCCAGAUUUGGCCCAGCUUCAGUCCACCAUGCGCGCCAUCGAGCUUGCUUGCACUUCCAUUCAGAUGCAUAUGAAUCCUGCCGAGGCUGAGGCGACUAUAUUGUUGCUGGCCCAGUCCCACCAGCCAUACCAAGCUUGUAAAUUCAUCCUCGAGAAUUCUCAGGUGGCAAAUGCAAGAUUUCAGGCAGCAGCAGCAAUCAAAGAUGCAGCUAUAAGAGAAUGGGGUUUCCUUAGUCCUGAUGACAAGAGAAACUUGAUUAGUUUUUGUUUGUGCUUCACCAUGCAGCAUGCUAAUUCUCCUGAGGGCUAUGUUCAAGUGAAGGUUUCUUCGGUGGCUGCUCAACUGUUGAAAAGGGGCUGGCUUGAUUUUACAGCUGUUGAGAAGGAGUCAUUUUUCUAUCAGGUCAACCAGGCUAUUUCUGGAAUCCAUGGUGUAGAUGUGCAGUUUGCCGGAAUAAAUUUCCUGGAAUCUCUGGUAUCUGAAUUUUCCCCUUCUACGUCAACUGCAAUGGGCCUUCCCAGGGAAUUUCAUGAGCAAUGUCGAAAAUCAUUAGAGCGAGACCACUUGAAGACAUUCUACUGCUGGGCACGAGAUGCUGCUUUAAGUGUCACAAAUAGAAUAAUUGAAUCCAAUUCUGCAAUUCCUGAGGUUAAAGCCUGCAAUGCUGCUCUUCGGCUCAUGCUUCAAAUCCUGAACUGGGAUUUCCUGUAUAAGAGCAGUGGUGCAGCAUCUAGUGUAUUCUCAGGUGGAGUCAGGCAAGAUAAUGAUUCACCUAAGAGGUCUGAGGUUAAUCUGGUGCAGCCGGGUCCUGCAUGGCGCGAGAUUUUGGUCACCAGCGGGCAUAUUGGAUGGCUCUUGAGCUUAUAUGCUGCAUUGAGACAUAAGUUUUCAUGUGAAGGUUACUGGCUGGACUGCCCUAUUGCUGUCUCUGCUCGAAAGUUAAUUGUUCAGUUCUGCUCCUUGGCAGGGACAAUAUUUCCUUCUGAUAAUGUGCAAAUGCAUGAGCACCAUUUGCUUCAAUUGCUUUCUGGGAUAAUAGCGUGGAUUGAUCCUCCUGAUGCUGUUUCAAGAGCAAUAGAAUCUGGAAAGAGUGAAAGUGAAAUGCUUGAUGGUUGUCGUGCGUUGUUAUCCAUUGCAAAUAUUACAUAUCCCACUGUGUUUGACCAGCUCUUAAAAUCAACAAGGUCCUUUGGCACCCUUACCUUGUUAUCAACCUUGAUGAGCGAAGUUGUUAAGAACCUCAUGAAUAAUGACUCUGAAGAAGAGACAUGGAGCUGGGAGGCGCGUGAUAUUCUACUAGAUACGUGGAUUGCCCUUCUCGUGCCAGUGAAUAGGAAUAGUGGGAAUGCGUUGCUUCCACCUGAAGGAAGAAGUGCUGCAGCUAAUCUCUUUGCCUUAAUUGUGGAGUCUGAGCUAAGGGCUGCUUCUGCAUCGGCAUUUAACGACGAUGUCGACUCGAACUACCUUCAGGCUUCCAUUUCUGCCAUGGAUGAAAGGUUGAGCUCCUAUGCUCUUAUUGCGAGAGCAGCAAGUGAUGUGACAAUUCCUUUUCUCAUUGAGGUGUUUGCUAAGGGCUUUGCUCGGAUUACUCAGGGCAGGGGCCUCGUUGAUCACACUGAAUGUUUGGAAGAACUCUACUCAUUGUUACUCAUCAUUGGCCAUGUAAUUGCUGAUGAAGGGGAGGGAGAAACACCAUUGGUUCCGAACGCCAUACAAACCCAGUUUUCUGAUAUUUUGGAGGCAGAGAAGCAUCCCGUUAUUAUACUUUGUAGCUCAAUCAUAAAAUUUGCUGAGCAGAGUUUAAAUCCAGAAAUGAGAGAACUGGUGUUCAGUCCCCGACUUAUGGAGGCUGUUAUAUGGUUCCUUGCAAGAUGGUCUUCUACGUAUUUAAUGUCCCCUGAAGAGAAUGCAGAUCUGAACUCUAGUAAAGUGUUAGUGGAAUUUUUUGGACAACAUAAUCAAGGAAAACCUGUGCUUGACAUUAUAAUUCACAUAUCCCUGACAGCCCUUGUAUCGUAUCCAGGAGAAAAAGAUCUGCAGGCCCUCACUUGUAACCAUCUACUCCACGCACUUGUUCUGCGUAAACAUAUUUGUGUUCACCUUGUUCAACUGGAUUCUUGGCGCGACCUAGCAAAUGCAUUUGCUAAUGAUAAGAAUUUGCUUUUGCUUGAUACGGCGCACCAGCGGUCACUUGCUCAAACACUUGUUCGUUCAGCUUCUGGCUUGAGGAAUUCAGAGUCAUCAAAUCAGUAUGUAAGGGAUCUCAUGGGUCAUAUGGCAACAUAUCUUGUGGAACUGUUGAGAAAGAAUAACUUGAAAAGUAUUGCUCAACAACCAGACAUUAUCUUGUCGGUCAGCUGCUUGUUGGAGCGGCUUCGUGGAGUUGCUAGUGCAUCAGAACCUCGAACUCAGAAAGCGAUCAAUGAGUUGGGAUUUGCAGUAAUGAACCCUGUUCUGGUACUUCUUAAGGUUUACAAAGAUGAGUCUGCAGUUGUUUAUCUGCUGCUCAAGUUUGUUGUCGAUUGGGUGGAUGGACAAAUAAGCUAUCUAGAGGCUCAUGAAACUGCGGCAGUGGUUAAUUUUUGCAUGAACUUGCUUCAGCUUUACUCUUCACACAAUAUUGGCAAGAUAUCAUUAAGUCUUUCAAGCAGCUUACUCAAUGAAGCGAAGACUGACAAGUACAAGGAUUUACGCGCUCUUCUUCAACUCCUUUCUAAUCUUUGUUCAAAAGAUCUCGUUGAUUUUUCAUCAGAUUCUAACGAGACACAAGGCACGAAUAUAUCUCAGGUCGUGUACUUUGGUCUUCUUAUAAUUACCCCUUUGAUAACUUUGGACCUGCUGAAAUAUCCCAAGCUGUGUCAUGAUUACUUCUCUCUGUUAUCACAUCUGUUGGAGGUUUAUCCUGAAACGGUUGCACAACUAAACACUGACGCCUUUUCUAAUGUACUUGGAACUCUUGAUUUUGGUCUUCACCAUCAGGACAUAGAUGUGGUAGAUAACUGUCUGAGAGCUUUGAGAGCUCUUGCUUCUUACCAUUACAUCGAAACAAGAGGUGGUAAAACCGGACUUGGCUCGCAUGCCGCUGGGCUCAAGGACCAGGGUGGGAAUCUUCAGGAAGGCAUCUUGAGCCGGUUCCUUCGUUCUUUGCUGCAAUUACUCCUUUUCGAGGAUUACAGUCCGGACCUGGUCAGCAGUGCGGCGGAUGCUCUUCUUCCGUUGUUACUUUGUGAACAAGGCCUCUACCAGAGAUUGGGCAAUGAGUUGAUAGAGAGACAGCCAAAUGAGACGCUGAAAUCAAGGUUGGCGAAUGCAUUGCAUGGUUUAACAAGCGCAAAUCAGCUUAUGUCGACUCUAGAGCGCAAGAACUAUCAAAUCUUUAGGAAAAAUCUAACGAGCUUCCUCAUUGAAGUAAGAGGAUUUUUGCGGACAAAGUAGAAAUGCUUCACAAGAUGCUUCAUGCAUACGUAACGUUCUUGGAGAGAAACGGGAAGGAAUUUUUUUCUUUUUCUUCUUUUUUUUUUCUUUUUGGGUUGUGGGGUUCAAUUUUCUCGCGUGUACAAAAAAAAAAAAAUUGGA